CCAGUUAACAGGUCAACCCCCUUGACGCCACAGAACAUAGAGCAUGAAUUUAAACUUUGAAAGAACCUUCUCAGAACAACACCUCAAUUUGCUCUGCUCGCCAUGCUUCUCUUAUGAAACAAUUUCGUUUUAUUAUUUUCUUGUUAAUUUCACUUUUAGCUAAACAACUCUCUCUUCUUCUUUCUCUAUAUGAAUAUUCGAAACUCUAUUUACAAUAUAUAUCCAUAUCACCAACCUGGAUCUUCAAGUUUUUCGGUGAAUUACUACUACUUAUCAUCCCACUUAUAGCGUCAUUAAUGUCAACGUUGAAGCUAUGCACAUGUUGUUAUUGAAGGGUGAUAUUAUUGAUUAAAGAUUCCCACAUACCCCAAUUUGAAGUUUCGUAAAGAAAUGUUUCAUUUCCAUACAAACCUUUCUAUUCUCCUCCUUCUCACAACAAUCUUGGUGUUGUUCAACACAACAAGAGGCAAGAACCACAAUAACUGCAACCGUAGUUGCGGAGAAUAUUCCUUGCCGUACCCUUUUGGUUUCUCCGAUGAUUGUGAAAUCAAACUUAACUGCACCACCACCAACAGAAACAAGAGAGUCCAAAUUGGAAAUCUGCAAGUCCAGAACGUAACAUCUGAAAGCAUAUUCAUCACUCUCCCGGCCGAAUGCAACCGGGGAAAGGAUUUUAUAGAACCCCUCUUCGGAGAAAACUAUGGUCCAACAUGGAACAACAGCUUCCUCGUACAAGGCUGUGAACACGAGCUUGGAGGCUGCAAUAUCCCAAUAGCUAGUUUCGUUGGGAGCCAGAGUGAGAUUAAAGGGUGUGAUAGAAGAAGUGAAAACAUUAGUUGCUUCACAAAACCGCCGCAACAAAAGGAACGUGCCGAUGUUGUGAGUGUUACGGAUUGGCGAGGAAUUGGGUGUAGGUCGUUGUUUUCUGCUUUUGCUUUUGAUAAGAGUAAAGAGGUAUCGCUGCAGUUUCAGGUGGUUGAGUUGGGGUGGUGGCUUGAAGGGUCGUGUGGGAUUUGUUCUGAGAAUGCGAAUUGUGAUAAGGUCAAUGUUGGAGCAAGUAAGAACGGGUUCAGGUGCCACUGCCAUGACGGUUUCAGAGGAGAUGGCUUCAACAACGGUAUCGGUUGCCAGAAAGUUUCUUAUUGCAAGGGCUCAAGAUUGAAGUUUGGAAGAUGCGGGGAAGGAAUCAAAAUUGGUGUCCUUAUUGGAGUUGGUGCCUUCCUGGUUGCAGCUGUGUCUCUGGUAUGUUACUUCACCAGGCGCCGCGCCAAUUGGCUGCGAAAACAAGUUCGAGCAAAGCAUAUAUUACAAGAAGCUGCAGGCAACAACAGUGUCCCUUUCUACCCUUACAAGGAAAUAGAAAGAGCCACAGAUUUUUUCUCUGAGAAAAACAGGUUGGGAACUGGGGCUUUUGGUACAGUUUAUGCUGGAAACCUUCACAAUGAUGAGUGGGUUGCUAUAAAAAAGAUCAAAUACAGGGACACCAAUAGUAUUGACCAAGUAAUGAAUGAGAUCAAGUUACUAUCUUCGGUGAGUCAUCCGAAUUUAGUCCGCCUCCUCGGCUGCUGCGUAGAGGAAGGAGAACAGAUACUUGUUUACGAGUUCAUGCCGAAUGGAACUCUAUCACAACAUUUGCAGAGGGAGAGAGGUGGAGUACUUUCUUGGACAGUAAGGCUCACAAUUGCAACUGAAACCGCCAACGCCAUUGCAUAUCUCCACUCUGCAAUAGAUCCUCCAAUUUAUCACAGAGACAUAAAAUCCAGUAACAUACUCUUGGACUAUAACUUCCAAUCAAAAGUUGCAGACUUUGGCCUUUCCAGGAUUGGCAUGACAGAAACCUCUCAUAUCUCGACAGCGCCGCAGGGGACACCUGGCUAUGUUGACCCUCAAUACCAUCAGAAUUUCCAUCUUUCUGAUAAAAGCGAUGUGUAUAGCUUUGGAGUGGUUCUUGUUGAGAUAAUAACUGCCAUGAAAGUGGUUGAUUUCGCAAGGGCUCGUAGCGAGAUUAAUUUGGCUGCACUUGCUGUUGAUAGGAUUAGGCGUGGAUUGGUAGAUGAGAUCAUUGAUCCCUACCUUGAACCACAUAGAGAUGCUUGGACUCUCUACUCUGUUCACAAGGUAGCCGAGCUUGCGUUUCGAUGCCUGGCUUUUCAUAGCGACAUGAGGCCAACCAUGAUGGAAGUUGCCGAGGAGCUAGAACACAUCAGACGAAGCGGUUGGACGACUAUGGAAGAAACCAUCUACAUGGCUUCACCGGCCGUGUCCGCCUGUUCGUCGCCUCGAAACAGAAGCCAGAAGUCAAUGAAUAGUGUCCAUUUUGAGAGAGCGGGACAAGAGAGUGAGGCAUUUAGUGUUGUUCCAUUGGAAGAGGUAAGGGAGAGUUCCCCAGUUUCUGUGCAUGUUGCUUGGUUAAGUGGACCUAGCUCACCCUCAACUAAUAGCUUGUUGGGAAAUGUAGUUCAGUGAAAGUAGUUAAUAGUUGUGUUCUCUUUGCAGUUGUGGGAUAUAGCCCAUUUUUGUGUGUGUGAUUUCAGUUAGGAUCUUGGUUUCCUUUCCUCUCUGAAUUGUGCUAACGAUAUCCAAUGAAAUUCUUCAAUUUUCGGAUAAGCAAACUUUGAAUA